AACGAUUGGAAAUAUUCUUCGUAGGAAUUUUCGAAAUCCUUAACGAAUAAUUCGGCAUAUAUAAGAUUGGAAAUUAUUUAAGAUUUUUCUAAUAAUUUGUUUUUAGCAUCGGUGACCAGAGCAUUUGGGCGACUUUUGUAAUUGACAAGUUAAAAUACCUAAGUCAGCUUAUUAAAAGCUCAACACACAGUUUUCAAACCUGCAGAGACCGGUUGUCGCCUCGUUCUGACAGUGGUGGCCAUUUUAGUGUCAGAAAUGCCGCUGGUUAUUCUAUGUGGUUUGCCUUGUUCGGGCAAAUCGACCGUUUCCCAGUCACUGGCUUCAUACUUCCAAGAACAGUCUAAGAAUGUGGACAUUAUCAGUAUCCAUUCCGUUGGGUUGGAUAGGAAUUCAUUAUUUGCUGAUUCCAUGAAAGAAAGAGAAGCCAGAGGUUUACUCAAAUCUGCUGUCCAAAGAUCUAUUUCUAAGGAAUAUGUUACCAUACUUGAUGCUAUGAACUACACUAAAGGAUUCCGCUAUGAGCUGUAUUGUGUUGCUAAGUCAAGUUCCACACCUCACUGUGUGGUGUACUGUGCAGCUAACCUGCAACAGUGCAGUGAAUGGAACAAGAAUAGGCUAGAAUCGGAACAGUAUUCUGAAGAUAUACUUGAACAACUUGCUCAAUGUUUGGAAAUGCCCAGUUCUCAGACUCGAUGGGAUAGUCCUUUAUUUGUGAUUCAAAAAGGAGAUGAAUUACCAAAGCAGAAAAUUGCAGAUGCUCUAUUUUCUCGAAAGGCUCCACCUCCAAAUAUGUCAACACAAUCACAACCUUUGUCAUCAACAAAUUUUCUCUAUGAUCUUGAUUGUGUGACAAAUACUACAAUAAAAACAAUUAUGCAAGCUCAGAGUUCGAGUGUCCCAGGAGAUCAAUUUACUAUUCCAGGAGUGGAAGAGAAAAUAGUAUUUAAUCGUCACCUACCAUUAUCAGAACUACAGCGGUACAGACGACAGUUUAUUACUUACACAAAAAUGCAUCCUGUUGAAGAUACGAAGAAACUUUCUUGUAUGUUUGUAUCAUAUCUUAAUAGUUAUAUUAGUUGACAAUAAUAUAUUUAUAUUUUUAAAAUUUAUUAUUUUUUGAAUAAAGAUAUGGAAAAUAA